AUGACAAGAGCUUCCGAUCGCCACAGCAACACCGACUCCGAAGCGAACUCCGUCAGGGUUCAGCGCAUCAGCAAACUCAGCGCCGUCCUCUGCCCGAUCGUGUGCGCCUUACUGCUGGUCACCAUUUUCGCGGUGUCCUUCAUAGGCGCCAAGCUGGCGUACGACCAGUACGACGCGAUAUGCGCCGACCGACGUUUCAAAGGCGCCAAACUCUACAUAAUACCCGAUUUCACCAACUUCACCCUCGAAAUACCCACCGUG